AAAAUGUGCGACGACGAAAUUGCCGCCCUAGUUGUGGACAAUGGCAGCGGUAUGUGCAAGGCUGGCUUCGCCGGCGAUGACGCCCCUCGAGCCGUCUUCCCCUCCAUCGUAGGCCGCCCUCGCCACCAGGGCGUAAUGGUAGGCAUGGGCCAGAAAGACUCGUAUGUCGGCGACGAGGCCCAGAGCAAGCGAGGCAUCCUCACGCUGAAGUACCCCAUCGAGCACGGCAUCGUCACCAACUGGGACGACAUGGAGAAGAUCUGGCACCAUACCUUCUACAAUGAGCUCCGUGUCGCCCCCGAGGAGCACCCUGUCCUCCUCACCGAGGCUCCCCUCAACCCGAAGGCCAACCGCGAAAAGAUGACUCAGAUCAUGUUCGAGACGUUCAACACGCCGGCCAUGUACGUGGCCAUUCAGGCGGUGCUCUCGCUGUACGCUUCUGGCCGCACCACCGGCAUUGUGCUCGACUCGGGUGACGGCGUCUCGCACACGGUGCCCAUCUACGAGGGAUACGCCCUGCCGCACGCCAUCCUUCGCCUCGACUUGGCCGGCCGUGAUCUGACCGACUACCUGAUGAAGAUCCUCACCGAACGCGGCUACUCCUUCACCACCACCGCCGAGCGCGAAAUCGUCCGCGACAUCAAGGAGAAGCUGUGCUACGUCGCCCUCGACUUUGAGCAGGAAAUGGCCACCGCCGCCGGCUCCUCCUCCCUGGAGAAGUCGUACGAGCUGCCUGACGGCCAGGUGAUCACCAUUGGCAAUGAACGGUUCCGCUGCCCGGAGGCGCUCUUCCAGCCAUCCUUCCUUGGCAUGGAGGCUUGCGGCAUCCACGAGACUACCUACAACUCGAUCAUGAAGUGCGACGUUGACAUUCGCAAGGACCUGUACGCCAACACCGUCCUCUCCGGCGGCACGACCAUGUACCCGGGCAUUGCCGACCGCAUGCAGAAGGAGAUCACUGCCCUCGCCCCCUCCACCAUGAAGAUCAAAAUUGUGGCGCCGCCGGAGCGCAAGUACUCGGUGUGGAUCGGCGGCUCGAUCCUCGCCUCUCUCUCCACUUUUCAGCAGAUGUGGAUCAGCAAGCAGGAGUACGACGAGUCUGGCCCGUCCAUUGUCCACCGAAAGUGCUUCUAG